AGGCCAAGAAUAAGCUCGAAAGAAAACUUGGAAAAAUAGAAUAAAAAACGUCAACAAAAAAUCGGAAAAUCAGGCGAAAAAGAGACAGGCAUACCGGAUUAUAUGUCAGUUUUAGCUGAUCACGUGAAGAGCUUAUUUGCCACGAAUCGGUUAAAUUCGCAAAGAUGAAGAUCCGAACCAGGAGGAGUCUUUCCUUUUCCGGCUGUGGCUUCUUGGGCAUCUACCACGUGGGCGUGGCCGUCUGCCUACGCCAACACGCCCCCCAACUAUUGCUGGAGAGGAUUGCCGGCGCAUCCGCCGGUGCCUUGGCCGCCUGCUGUCUCAUCUGUGAUCUCCCGCUGGAAUGCAUGGCCGGGGAUUUCCUGCGAGUUGUCCAGGAGAUACAACGGCAUUCGUUGGGCGCCUUCAGUCCGUGGUUCAAUCUGCCGGAGUGCCUCCUCGAGGGCAUGCGAAGCUGGUUGCCCGAGGACGCCCAUCUGCUGGCCAGCGGACGACUCCAUAUUUCGCUUACCCGCGUCAGCGAUCGCCGCAAUGUGGUCAUGUCGGAGUUCAGCUCCCGGCAGGAGCUCCUCCAGGCCCUCAUGUGCUCCUGCUUCAUUCCCGGACUGUCUGGAUUGGUGCCUCCACAGGUCCGAGGAGUUCGCUAUAUGGAUGGGGCCUUUUCCGAUAAUCUGCCGCUGCUGGACGAGCACACCGUCACCGUAAGUCCAUUUUGCGGGGAGAGCGACAUAUGCCCACGGGAUCAGAACCCCCAUCUGCUCCAGCUGAACAUCAAUUGGGCGAACACUUGCAUCCGAUUGUCCAGGCGGAAUCUGCGUCGCAUGGUGCGCAUCUUGGUGCCGGGCAGGGCGGAUUUCAUGGCCAAUUUCUGUCAGCAGGGCUACGAUGAUACGCUCCAAUUCCUGCGCAGGAAUAGCCUACUCAAGGAGGGUUUCAGGGUCCAGGAGAAGGGCAUGAUCAGUUGGAUCCAUCAGCAGAUGGAGAGGGAGAAGGAGCUGCGGGAGAGCCCAAGGGAUCUUGAGCAGGAGCACAUAAAUCGCAUGACUACGAACAAAAAGGAUGUGCAGCACAAGAAGCGAAGGAAUCGUAAACAGAAGACUCAAAGACCAAGUCCGCAGAGGACCAAGAAAACCCAGCACGAAAGGAUCAGGAACGGAAGGAGUAUGGAAAUGGAGAUCAGCAAUCAGGUGAAGAACCACCAAGAAAGCACCACCAGCGUGGAGAAUCUGACACCGAGCGAAGAGCAACGUCUUGAGAAAAGGCCACCAGAGGAGCACGAUCACUAUGGCAGUUCGCUCAUGGGCUCCACCUGGUCGCUCCUGCGUCGCGUUAUGUUCGCUCCGCCGCUGGCCAGGCACAUGGUCCAAGUGAUCGCCCGCCAUCUCAGCCAGAGUCUCACGCUCUGCGAGCAGCCGCACUUUGAUCUCGCUCUGAUGCAGGCACCUGCCGCCUGCCACUCCUCGACCAUCUCCUGCCCUCCAUCGACGCCACUGGGUGAUAGCGAUAACGACAAAGUCAAGGCCCAACGAGUGUGCGAGGCCAGCCAAAUUGAAUCGGGAGAUCAGGUGGCUGAGGUAGAGGGGACAUCCGGCGUUCAUUAGGCGCCAUUAGCUUUAUCAGCGAUCGUCAAUCGAUCGGUUUCCAAUUGAUUUUUAUGUCUGUUCGCGCAAUUACUUUUAUUUAAUGGACAAACUUUUCCGCGUUUUGUUUUCUCAAACAUCGUAGUUUUAACUGUUUUUUUUAUGUACUGACUGCUGUGAAUAACUUAAUAAAUUUGAUCAAAUAUAA